AAAGCAAAAGGUCUGCCACGGUUUACAGUGUGCGGACAGAGCGAGCGAGCGAGCGAGCUGCCUGCCUGACUGCCUGCCGAGUUGCUGUUGCCAUUACCCACCGAAAGCGAAAGCGAAAGGGGAAGUCGCUAGCUUUGUGAGAGCGCCGCCUCUCUCGCACAGCACACUCUCCUUCACAUAACUACUAACAGGCUGAGAGACCAACGAAGGCAGGGCUGCUGCUACACUCCACAUUUCUUCUCUCUUUCCUAUAUCUUCUUUCCUCGGGUGCGUUAUGAGGAGCGAGCAGUGCCACAAGCAGCAGCAGCCGAGCCGCACCUGAGAGCGCAAGCAGCACCGCGGAUCAUGCGUUCGCACGAGUGAUCCAGUGAACCGCUCGCGAACCCUCAUUUUCCGGAUUAUCGGUGGUGUGUCAACAGUUUUCGUGUGCAUUGCCAAGUGCUGUGAUUAUUCCCUUACUCUCGUUCUUGCUAGCGAAAUUUCGCGUGUUUCGGAUUACGCGCACCUACUGCCAUGGAUUAUCGCUCUGUUUUCCGGCUGCACUGCUAACAGAAUCUGUCCAAAAAUGCAACCAACAACGUCAAGUGGCUCUCCCGCGCAACCAACAUGCGGCGAGGUGAAGCAAGUAGCCGCCGAGGGUUCAGCGGCCGGCCAACUCACCCUUCAAAACAAAAACUUCCCCGAGUCGUUGACCUGCGAGGCGAGCAAGUUGCUCAAACAAGACUGCUGCACGGACGUGAUGCUGGUCUGCAAGGAUGGCCGGCUCUCCGCCCACCGCAUUGUGCUCGCUUCGGCCAGUCCUAUGCUGCGCGACCUGCUGCUCAACUUCCACAGUUUCGUCGAUGACAUGAUCAUGGUGCAUCUGCCCGACGUGAAGAAAGAAGAAGUCUCCCGUCUCCUCCAGUUCCUCUAUACUGGAGAAGCGCAUAUCAUGGCCAGUGAUGUCGCCAAGCUGGAAGAGCUGGGAAACUUCUUAGGCAUAAAAUCGGAUCUCUGGACCAGACUCACGACCAUUCCCGAUGACAUGGACCAUCAAGACUCAGUGUCAUCCUUCGAUAUGAAGUUGGAGGUCAACUGUGCUGUGAAGCAGGAGAUGUCCAGUCCUGAGCGACUGGAGGUAAGCACGAUUGCCGAAGACGAUGACAGAUCAGAGUCAGAGCAAGACGAGAGCAGCGGGGAUAGCGAGAUUGCACGUUAUCACAGAGAUGUCAACGACGACCCCGUCAACCUUUCCCUGAAACAAAGGAGAAAUACACCCACCCCUCCUCUGAGACACAUGCGACGCAGAAGAUCAAGCGUAACAGAAGUGGCCAGCAGAAGUUGCAAAUCUCCGCAUUCUCUCAAUGGAGACAUUUAUGAACCUAGUAAUUUCCAUUUGCAACGCACGAGCGUCUCCUCCGAUCUCAGCCACCGCUCGCCCCCCUACAAAUGCUCGUCAAGCCCAGAUGAACUGGAGGGCGGGCAGUGCUUGUCACCGAUCGGCAAGCGACACUGCCACGAAGUGAUGCCGCACCACCACCCGUCCAUGAACCCUCGGAAGUGCGUGACCGCCUUCGUGAACCACGCAUUGCUGCCAAAUAAGCGGCCAGGCUUCUCGAACGCGCCGGCCAAAAACACAGCGUUUGUGCCUAACAUUCCCUACAGACAGCUUUUGGACGAUCGAAGCUUGCCGUCGAGAGCCUCGCUGGUGGCUGUUGACGAGGAUGAGAAGCCGAGUCGGCGGCCGCCAAGUGCGGACAGUGCGCCUGUCGCGCCCAGCAGUUUGUACCACAGCACUGAGGUGUGGCCGUGGCAGUUCGUCAAGACGCAGGUAGAGGGUGAGCCGAGCCCGCCGCCGGAUCCGCCGCAGCAGCGGCAGGGUCCGGUGCGCGAGUACCGCUGCACCUACUGUGGAAAGACGUUCGGUAUGAGCUGGAACCUAAAGACCCACCUCAGGGUGCAUACGGGUGAGAAGCCGUUCGCCUGCAGACUAUGCGUUGCCAUGUUCAAGCAGAAAGCGCACCUUUUGAAACACUUGUGUUCUGUGCAUCGGAGCUCAAUUUCGUCGUUGCCUGUAGAUGGGCCGAACGUUCGAUACAACUGCUGUUUCUGCACCGCGCUAUUCGACAACCUGCAAGAGCUAAUCAGGCACUUGUCAGGGCCGCACAACAACCUGCUCCUCAGCAAGAAUAUCACAGAAUGAUCUUUCUUCCACUUUGCAACUGUACAUUGAUUUAAACUGUAUGCUAUUCUUUGAAAGAAAUGCAUUUCUAUAAGCAGGCGGGACUCUGAAAAUUGACGCAAAAUAUCUAGAGAUCUCAGCCAGCCGCGCUGCGCCGCGCCAGCCGGCAAAAUUUGGGUCACGUGGGCAGCCGCCAGCCACCGGUGAAAAAGGGUCAAAAGUUAAAAAAGUGUAGGAGAACAAAUGUCUUCCGGUUCUUUGACUCGUUAAGCACUAUCGAACUUCAGGUUUAAAAUAUUGCUAGCCGCCAGCCGCUGUCGCUAUGUAAAAAGUCAGUCCUACUAGCCGCCUCCUUAAAUCUCGCGGCUGAGACCUCUAAAUACCUGUCAAAUGGAUUAUCUCACGACUCAACUCUUAGCUAGAAUUGCAUUCGUUUGAUACUAAAUUGAAGCGUCAAUUGUCUGAGUCCCCGCUUGAAUAAUGAUUUGAAGAAAAUUGUAAUUCAUCAACAAUAACACUCCACAAAUAUUGCAAACCGGGCCCAGCUCAGCUUUCAUUCUGCAACAGAAUUAAAUUAUGCUUUGACCAGCACGUUGGCUCGCAAUGUUAAGGCAUUCUCAGGAGUGUCAAAGCAGUGGGAUAUAUUUGAGCAGUUCGGGGAUCUAAUGCUGGAUGCCUAAUGUCAGUGGCAAAAGGUGGUUAGUUAAGUGACGCGACAUGCUCAAAUAGCUCAACGGGCUGGGAGGCGCACCGGCGCCAACUUGUCUCUUGUUGGUUUCCACACCUUUCAAGCGGCUUUAGGGACAAAAAAAAUUAAAGACCUCGGUGCGGGGAGGCGAAAAGAUGGCCACAUUGGGUCCAAGCUCUUCUGCGGCUACUUGGGCCACUUUUUCCAUGUUAUCCGCCCGGCAGUGUUAUCGGGACCCGGUGAACUCAUUGCCCACAGGAUGUGCUGAGUAGAGGUUAAAAAAUCCCUAGUUAAAGGUUGACUUCUUUGAUGUUACAAAUUUAUGUAUUUUUCUUCAUGUUAUCGGAAGCCAAUUUUAAUUUGGCAUAAAAAUAUUCGAGCGGGGAAUCCGAAAAUUGACGCCAAAUACCUGUCGAAUAGACACGACGCAACUCUCAGCUAGAAUUGUAUUCGUCUGAUACUAAAUCGAAGUUUAGUAUUAAGCUGCUAAGAGGCAUUUCUCAAAUGGUGCCUGGGCUUGCUGCAGACCAGUAUGCUCCAGGGUGACUGCUUGGGGUUGAAAAUGAGUUUGAAAAAAAAUGGUAACAGUCGGUUGCUUUCUAGCAUUUCUUAACGAUGACUGUUACACGCUGUGGCAGGGCAGCGCCUUUUCCCAGUAACCUCUCACAAUGAAAUAAAAUUUGAAUGUUGCAAAAAUGCUCAAUAAUUGAUGCAAAAAUCAAAAUCCAACUCUUUGAAGAAGGUUGCUGGGUAAAGGCGCUACCACAGCGACAUGUUAGAGGAUUUGUGUGCAAGGAAAAGUAUUUCUUGCACUCUGAUUGAUAAGUUUGCUUUCAAGCUCCAUAGCUUUAUGAUCUGGCACGCUUGUUUAAAAACGUUGUCAAAAAUUGCUUUUGCGCUUGCCCAUGUAAAAAUAUUCCAGAUUUGUUUUCAAACAAAUAACACUCCAGCAAAUAUUUUGCGUGGAGAUUAAUUUUUGGGCUGAAUGACAAAUGGAACAAUACGCUAAAAUUGUAUAAUCAUGAAAGAUAAUUUGCACAUAGCUUUUAUUAGUAAUUUUGAUUAGAUUUAUAAAAUUGAAAGUACUUAGGGACCAGAGAUAAAAACGAACAAUUUUCCAAUCUCUCUUUGAAGAAUUCUAAAAGGACCUCAAAUGAACUCAGGAUUGUUGAAAUAUUCAAAGCUCUAUGAUGUAAACCUGUUAAUGACUUAACUGGAUGAAAUUUUGUACAGACUUUCAACCUGAAUCCCGUUGCCUUGAAACCGAUUGAUAGCGAUAGUAAAUAAGCCAUUUGCACAAAUUUUAUUGCUUAAACAAAUGUUGUACAAUUUCAUGAUUUUAACUGACAAAAGCAGUGUUAUUGUUGGGCCAGUUCAUCGAUUCCAUGUAAAUAUUUAUUGAUUAGUGCGUAUAGGUUAUGUUCACUUCUAACUUUAAGUUAACAAUAGUUAAAAUUUGGUCGCAAAAUUGUAUAUCUGAAAUUGGCGAAAAAAUGAAACUUUUAAAUUUUAGCUUCCGCUAUUAAAAUAUAGGCUUCCCAGGCCUGUCCUUGUUCAGGAACUUGUAAUUGAUACUAACAGCGUGACCUUGGCUAUGUAAUUUUAAUUUUUUUAAAAAGGCUUUUAGGCUAGUUCGGGCCUGGGCUUACCUUAGAGUUGAUUUAAGUUGUAAAGAUUGUGAUAGGAGAUACAAUACUUUUUUUAACGCUUAAUUUCAUCGCAAUAUUUUAGUUCUUCCAGCCCAAACGAGGCAUCGUGGUGAGCAUUUCGUGGCUGGUGUUCCUGUUGACCCCAUCUACAUGGCGGUGUGACAGAAGCGGCUAACAGCAGUUUUUAAAAAAUAAUAGAGUUCCUAUCCUGUGAUAGACUAUUUAUACCUUAGGGCAAACUCAAUCAUAUAAAUUAUAUUUUUAAAUAACUAAAAUAUCGACCUGCUAUACCUCGAAGGGCAGAACUGAGGGACACAAAAUACGCUGAAUCAUGAGCUCAAAGACCAAAAAAGCGAGGAGGAAUAUUUAACGUUGCUCCUUGGGCGCUUCUGUCAAACCACCAGUUCUUUUUAAGUUAUUUUACUGGGUUUUUUUUAAAUACUAGAAUAUCGGGUUAACUACCAGCCACUUUGUGCUUCCACGCGUCUCAGUGCGUAACUCGAAGCAAUAAAUCACCGAUUGUACAUAGAUAUUGUAAAUAUUAAUUUAACAAGACACACAAAAUAGCAAUGGGUAAAUAAGAACCGAACCACACCUCCAGUACGAUCUCAAGAAUGCGCGUAAAUCCGUAAUUGAAACACGCAAACUCCCACCUUUCCUCAUAAUAAUGUGUAAUUACGUAUUUAUAGGAUGACGAUGAAGAUGGGGCGAUUAUAAAUGGAUUGUUCAGUGUGCUUCUAAAACAAGUGAUGACGCAAAGAACAAUCUGGAGAGUUUUGCUUGAUUGUUGGAAAGCACCCAAAUAGACAAACUCUCGAAAGAAAUUCAAAAAUGUCACCAAUCGAAUACAGUAUGUGUGUAUUCAUGUGCAAUCGAGGGGUGAGAGAAUUGAUGCUUGGUUUUAAAUUAUAAAAAUUGUGUCAUAAUUAGUCUUUAUUUGUCGAGGAUUUAAAAUUGCUGUAAUAAAUUGCUGCCUUAAUUUACGACUUAAUUUGUAAUUUAUCAAUUUCUUUCUUGUAAAAAUCGAAAAACUCAUUGCAUCGCAUCAGAACAUGUAAACCAUUCAAAUUUCUCGUAUGUUGGGUACUGGAGUUUACUCAAAUUUGUAUUGUUAGUAUUUAUUCAAAUGUAAGUUCCAAAUCUGUUUAAAAAAUUUCCACAAGUUUUAGAUGUUCUAUGAAGUUUCCAGUGCCCUAGCCCAACAAAAUCGCAAAAAAUGUUGUACCUGAUCAACUUGACACAUUUUCAAAAUAAAAAAAACCAUGAAACUGCACAA